AUGGCAUCGCAUCCAGACCAGCUUCUAGGAAGUACUGGUUCGCAAGAAAGUAAAGCGUCGGGGCUAAUUGAAAACGACCUCGCUUCCCUUUUGCCUGCCUCUCGGCGGACGAAGGAUGAUGAUUUGGCGGCGCCCGCUUGUUCUUCCGUUCUCGAUUCUGCCAAUGUCAAGUUCGAUCAGUUGCGACUAACUGCCAUUCAUGACUGGGUUGAUGAGGAGACCGAUCUCCGUCGGCUAGCCGAUAUCCACAACUGGCUAUGGAUCGCGGGUCGGCCCAUGCCGCCGCGUCCGCUCCAUCAGCAGCGCCUGCUCAACCGCGAGAUCGUAAUCACUGAGAAGCUGGACCUGCACCUCGUGUGGACGGCCGAUCGCAUCUUCGUCAAGCCGCUGUCACGCUUCCUCCUUGAGCCGCACUUCUGGGCGAAAGUCCUCCAGUGUCAUAGGGUGCCCGUCUCCAACGCAGACCCGUGCAGCUGCGGUGGUCGGCGGGAACGCGCGCUCGGCUUCCUCUUCUCGUAUGCGGCCCUCAUAGCGCACGAGAGCGACUUUCACAUCGCCAAAGAGAUGCACCUUAUUCCCGAAGAGGUACAGUGGUUGGCGUGGCGGACGGCCGUGCGGGAGUUCCUAGGCACUUCGUUCGUCUACCCCUGGAUCGACCCCCGCUUUUACUAUGGGGAGCUCCGCCUCAGCCGGCUCAACAAGAUCUACUUCUUUUGGAAGACCCCGUUCCGCGGCUAUAUGUCUCGCUGGAACCAGUACGGCUCAUUCUUCCACGACAACUUUGCGCUGCUGGCCAGCUCGACCGUCUAUAUCGCUGUCGUCCUGACGGCGAUGCAGGUCGGUCUCGCCACGGAAGCUCUCCAAGACAACGGAGCCUUCCAGUCGGCCUCGUACGGCUUUACCAUCUUCGCCAUCUUGGGGCCUCUGGCCGCUGCAGCUUUAGUUAUAGUCACGUUCUGCUACAUGUUCAUUGGGAAUUGGAUUGCCACACUGCGUUACAGCAGGAGGAGGUUCGAACGAAUCGAAGGUCGGUAA